AUGAAAGUCUCCUGCCAAUGCGGCACCAUCACCUUCCCCCUCCGCUCCCCUCCCCUCUCUGUCUACCAUUGCCACUGCACCCAAUGCCGCAAACAGUCCUCCUCCGCCUUCGGCACGUCAGUGAUCGUCCCUGCGAGCGACGUCUUCCCCUUGUCUCCCUUCCUCUCUUCUAACCUUGGCAUCUGGACGCGCCCUGCUAACGAGGGCCGCACAAUGGAUUGCUACUUUUGCAAGACCUGCGGUGUGAGGGUGAUGCAUCGGCUGAGGGAGCCGGAUGGCAGGGAGAGGGAUGUGGUUAGUUUGAAAGGCGGGUGUGUCGAGGGGCUGGAAUGGAAGGGACUGCCGCAUAUUUGGACGAAGAGUGCGGUUGUGGAGAUUCCGGAGGGGGUGAGAACUUGGGAGAUGGCGCCGGAGGGGCUUCCGUAG